AUGUUCUAAACAAUACGUGGAAACAGCAGAAACCACGAACAUGGCAAUGGCAUCCACCGGCACUAACGCUCUAUGUGCAACAUUAUUUUUCUUUUUGUUAAAUAUUGUUUACUGCACAAAGUUUGAUUAUGACUUUGUAACAUGCGGGUCAGCUCUCAAAAUACUGAACUCUGCCCAUAAUGCUCGGCUUCACUCACACGAUGUUAAGUAUGGAUCAGGCAGUGGUCAGCAGUCAGUGACAGGGGUUGAUUCUUCAGACGAUCACAACAGCUAUUGGCAAAUCAAAGCUAAGACUGGAGCUGUGUGCACUAGAGGUAAUCCAAUCAAAUGUGGACAGACAGUUCGACUAACUCAUGUAGCAACGAAAAGAAAUCUACACAGCCACCACUUUCAGUCACCUCUGUCUCGAAACUUAGAAGUGAGUGCCUUUGGAGAGAAUGGUGAAGGAGACGAAGGGGACAACUGGGUUGUUGUGUGUAAUGACAAGUACUGGAGCCGCAAUGAAAAAGUCAGAAUCAAGCAUGUCACAACUGAAUACUAUUUGCAUAUGUCAGGGGAUACAUAUGGCCGACCCAUCCAUGGACAAAGGGAAGUGAGUGCUUACCCUUCACCUAGUGACCUGAACUACUGGCAGGCUGCUGAAGGAAUUUAUGUCAAGCCCACUGAAGCUAAGUCCAGGCGCACGACCAGUGAUGAUGAUGAUGAAGAAGAUGAUGAUGAUGGUGAAGAUCCGAGCCAACAGCGUCGUCACAGUGAUAUAGAUCAUGAUGAGUUUUAAGCAUUGUGUACAAAUUCAGCUGCAUAUUUAAUGACUAGUUUACCAGUGGGUGCUUUAAAUUGUUUCAUAUCUCAAUUGUCCUCUCAGCUAAAGUUUAUUCAAGGUUUUUAAGAACUGUCACUGUUUCUAUAUAAUUCUAUAUUACACCUCAGCCAAGUGUUGCAUAUUAUUGCUGCUGUUCUAAACGAAUCACAUAUCAAAAUACAGCACAAAUGAUGCCAUACUUUAAAUCUACAUGAAAAUCAGAAAGUAAAUGAUAGAAUUGUAUUAGCACUUUUCUUUAUUUUUUCUGCGCUUGUUUUAAUACACUAUUAAGAAAAAAUACCAUAAGCUCUGUCAACUAUAAAAACAAGUUCUUGAAUUAAGAAUAUCGAAUGAAUAUUAAGAACUGGAUGUAAAAAGUGGUUUAAAACAUUUUCUCUAGUUUUGUUUGAAAUACCUAUUAAAAUAUGCAGCCCAAAAUGGAGGGUUUAUUAAAUUUGUUAUGAAAAUUGUGUGAAUCAAUUAAUUACCAUAUUUGAUCACAUUGAGAGUUUUAUGCCUUUUCACAUUUUAAUUUGGCUGUUAUAUGAAUUACAUAAUGCAUCCAUCUCUUUUGAUGCAUUGAACAAUAUUUUUGGGUAUAUUUGAUAUUAUUGUAGUAAUCUAUCAAAUGAAAACUAGUUUUUUCAUGUUUUUUUUUUAUUCCCAUCUGCUAAAGUUGUUAUUUUCUAUGAAAGGUUUCUGGUUGAGUGGCUUGACAAUAUGAAAUAACUUACAAAUGUUAUACAUUGAUCCUCUGAUCAAAUGCAGUUUUAAAAAGUACUAUAUCAACUGUAAAUAUUUUUUGUAUGUUGUAUUUAGAGUACAUGAUUGUCAAUAUCUAGUUUUGUUAGCUGUGUCUCAUGGAGAUACAAAACUUUGGAAAAUAUUUAGUAAGCUGUUCUGUGAUCUGUGUCAUAGAUCUUAAAAUUUACUUUAGAGAUGUUCUCUAUAAAAUUAGAAAUAAUUUCAAAAGAAUGUUUAUAGCCAAGAAUUUCUAGAAUAUUUUAGUUAUUUUAAAGAAAGAACUAACUAAAACUACGUAAUUUCUCUAUUUAAUGCAAGAAUUCUUAGGGCUGAGGAACAAACUGCUAGACAUACAGGAUUCUUCUGACUUAGCUCUUUCCUUAUGGUCACUUUAAAAUUUACAGCUUAACUCUACUAGGAUUCUGGAAUAGGUUUAACUGUAGGUAACUAUAAUUUAUAAACUAAACAUUUUUUCUUGGAUGAAAGCUUUUAAAAUAUUACAAGUCAGAGUAGAAUUUGUGUGUGUUUAAUUUUUUAAAUGUUUUGUAAAAAGAAUGAACAUAAGUGGUUGAUGAUACAGUCUCAUUCCUAUUCUCAGAUGCAUUUUUAUUAUGUUCGCUGUCUGUAUGGUGCCCACUAGGUGGAAUGUUUUUAACAUAUUUAUGUUGUUAAUCCAUCUUUUUUAAUUCACUUUUAAUUCAUACUACUUGUUUAAAGUAACAUUUUUUCUUCAUUAAUUUUAAAAUAUAUGAUUGAACUAUUGCAUUGUUUUGUUAUAAUAAUUUUAAAUAAUGUAUUACAGGUUAAUAAGUUCAGAUUAAGGGGUUUUUGAACAUUUUAAAUAUGUUGAUUUUUUUUUAUUAUUUCAAAAGUAAUAUGAAAGUAUCUUAUUGUUUUGAAUUUUACUUAAAAAAUUUGACUCAAAAUCUUUGUUAUGGUUGGAGUUUUAAGUCCUCAUUAUUUAAAGAUAAAUGUUUUCUUUCCAAAUAAAUGCUACUUGAUAUGUUG